AUGAUUAUCCCAAUCAGAUGCUUCUCCUGCGGGAAGGUCACUGGUGAUCUCUGGGAACGGUAUCUGAAGCUCAUCGACGAGGGGAUUCCAGACGGUGAUGCGAUGGAUCAAUUAGGCCUCAGAAGAUACUGCUGCCGUCGCAUGAUCAUGACCCACGUCGAUCUGAUCGAGAAGCUGCUGAAGUACACGCCCGACGGACGAAACGACAAAAAACUCCAGCUUGGAAAGGAAUGA